AUGUCGAGGCCAUACGCCAAAGCGAAGAGGCAGGACACCCGCCGAUCGCACAGGUCGAUGGAGCAGACGGAAGGCGAGACGCAUCUUUCUCCUCGCCUGACCCUCCGCGACAUCUCGCGCGGCACCUGCUCCUUCACGCGCUCCAGUAGGAGGGCGGAGGGAGACACGAGGAGCACCAGCAGAGGCAUCGCGAUCGGGAGCGACCCCGAGUCGUGGAGGGAGCAGGAGAAGUUUGAGGAGAAGCCGCUGGAGAUGAACCGGAGCUCGGCGACGAGGUUCAGUCGCAACAUGCGGCUGUGGGUUGCAGACAACAAGUCCAAGGGCAAACCUCACAUCUCCUACCAGCAGCGGAAGCGAUGGGAGAGCAGAGAAAGCAACAUACGGGAGCAGAUGCAGUUCGAGCAGGUCUCUCCUUCCCUCUCCGCCUUCCGCUGCGCCAGCCCAACCAGGCAGGAGGAGCCAGACGAAACUCACUUCAAGUCAAAGCAGCAGGGGGAGGAAAAGCGUCCUUCGCUCGUGACCUUCGAGUGCAAGGAGCGGCACUCGUUCCAGGUCGCCAACCUGCAGGACGUCUUCCAGCACGUGCAGUACGAGAAGCCGAGCAACGAGCAGGCGGACAAGCACGACUUGACGACGAAGGAGGUCGUCAGGUUUGACGACGAGAGGAUGAAGGACAAAUUCAGUGUCUUCCCCUUGCGGCAGACCAUGACGAUGCUGCGCUCGUCCCCCUACCUCCUCAAGAAGGAGGUCGGCAUCCUCUCCUCUCACUCCCCGUCCUCCCCCAGCAGGAGUGCUCAAAGGAACAUCCGCUAUCCUGACUCGCUUCUCCCCGAGGCUCAGCCCGCCGCCUGGAACUCAUCGCUGAGAGUGGCGGACACGACUGGGCUGAUCGGAGAGGAGGAGCAGCAGCAGCUGCACGUGACCUUCACCUGCCAGACUCGUCGCGAGUUUCCCUUCUCCUUCGCCAACGGCCGCACUGACCCCAAGGCCUCCCACACCUUCACCGACCUCAUCCGCCUCGGCGCCUCCACCCCCACCCCCUCCAGCGUCUCCCGCGAGGCCCAGGCGCAGGGGGUGCAGCGGGGAGGGUCUCCUACAGCGCCGGGGUCGCCGGGGUUCAAGACAUGGCAGAACGAGGUGAAGAGAGAGUACCACGAGAGCGAGAUGUUCUCCGCCAUGUCCUCCCAGUCCACGUCCGGCUUCCGGAUAGCGCGACGAACGGAUCGCAAGUCUUGGGACGGAGGCUCAGCCAACUCUCGAGCUCCGGAGGAGGAGGAGGUGGGCAAGCCCAUGGUGAGAACCCCCGAGGUCACCAAGACCCGCCAGCACGUGCACGAGGACCUGAACCUCAACCCUUCCUUCUCCGCCCCCCGCCCGACCUGGGUCUGCCUCGAACGCCACAAGCAGCAUGCUCACUGA